AUGGGUGAGAUUGUCGUUGCCUUCGAUCUCUACGGCACCUUGUUGUCGACAGAGAGCAUUGCGAAGGAAUUAGCUUCGCACUUUGGCCAAGAGAAAGCGAACUCAAUCGCUGCAGUAUGGAGAAAAUAUCAGCUCGAAUAUACCUGGAGGCUGAACAGCAUGAAACAUUAUGAGGAUUUCUCGGUCGUGACCCGCAAAUCACUCUUGCAUGCGCUAGCAGAGCAUGCCGUCAGUCUCGGUGACCAGGACAUCCAGAAGCUCAUGGAUGCGUACGACCAUCUUUCAACCUUUCCCGAUGUCAACCCAGCAUUGAAGCGGCUCGAGAACAACUCUAGCAUCAAAUGCGUGGUGUUUUCAAAUGGGACGAAGACAAUGGUGGCGAACUCCGUCAACAGAUCGCAAGAUCUCAACACCUCAGUCUUCCAGGAUGUUGUCUCUGUGGACGCUGUACGGGCUUUCAAACCAGCGCCGGAGGUGUACCGCUUCCUUGCUGAAAAGGUGGGCAGGGCUGGCCAGGAGGAUAAAAUAUGGUUAGUAUCGGGGAACCCCUUCGACGUUGUCGGCGCGAGAGCUUGUGGCUUUCAAGCGGCUUGGGUCGAUCGAGCUGGGUUGGGUUGGCAGGACCGGUUGGGACGUGAACCCACUGUUGUUGUGAAGAGCCUCGAGGAAGUGGCUGACGCUGUGGAGAAGCACGCGGGAUGA